GCCUGGCCGCCUCUUUCACGGAGCGGCCGGAUGGUGGAGUUCGGCUCGGCGGGGCUGGCUUGGAGUGGCCGGAGGCUCGUGAGGUCUCCCUGCAGCGAGGUCACCCCCCCCAGGGUCAAAGAUGGCCGCUGCCCGCUGCAGCCGGGCGGGGAGGUGGUAAGGCGCGGGCGGCUCGCGCUGCGGUGCCGUUAGUGCGGGCGUGACGGCCUGCCCGUGGCGCCAUGGACAGCUUCCUGGAGGAGGAGGAGGCGGUGGCGGUGGUGAAGGUGAAGAAGAAGAAGAAGAAGAGCCCUGCCGCGCAGGCGGGGAGCGCCCUGCUGCCAGCUCUGCACCUGCCCUUCCUGCCGCCGCACCUCUACCAACCGGCACCUUCCCAUGAACACAAAUUAAACUUCAAGAGGAGCAAGGAAGUGUGUUUAAGUUACAUUCAGGAUGCCUUGCUACAAAAGCAGUGGAAAAGGGCUGCAGAGUUUCUGACCUUCUAUACUGAGUCACUAGAGAAAGACUUUUCUACAGAAUACAUGGGUCCGUCAGAGAUUAUUUGGAGAAUAGGAACUGAAAUUUUGUGCCAUCAUUCCCAUAGCAGCAUGAAAGAGUUCAACUCUUUCAUAGAACAGAUGAAAACUUUAGGAGUAAAAAGGUAUUUGAAGGUUUGCUUAGAGAAUGUCUUUCGUCUCCUUUGUAACGGACUAAUAGAUGAAGCUUACCAAAACCUGUCCCUGGCAGAAAGCUGGAGGUUUGGAGAACAAACAAUCAUUCAGGAUAAAGAAAUGAAACUGAUUCAGGCUUACAGGGGACUGUUGGACUACUAUAGCUGGUCUAAGCAGAAGAACAUCCUGUUAGAGCACGGUCAGGAUGGAUUUGAAGACUUGUCUGUUGAACAGGAAAUGCACAGUUGCUUUCGGAAAGCAGCAGUGAACUUAAAGGAGAUUAUUAAAAUACCUGGAGUCUGGGAUCUCUUUGUGAAAUGCUAUGUGGAUUUGUUGGAGUUCUAUGGAGACCAUAAUGAAGCCCGCCAAGUAUUAAAUGAAUAUGCCUACAACUCAAAGUUUCCUGCUAAUCCCAAUGCUCAUGUUUACCUCUAUCAGUUCCUGAAGAGACAUGGUGAAUCAAAGAAAUCACUCAUAUCUGCACUGAAGAUCUUGCAUGAUAUUGUUCCUUCUCAUGAACUAAUGAUAGAUUUUAAUACCAUGCUUCAAAAAUCAAAGAAAAGAAAAAAACGUCGACUGGGCCUAGAAGUAAUUUUUGCAGCCUUGGAUUAUGCUGGCUGGAAGGAAAAUGUAAAAGCAUGGAGCUGUUUGGCAAGACAGGUGAAACAAAUUGUAAUCUCUGAGAAGCAUCUUGACUGGAUCAAGCAAGAGUGGAACUCCAGAAAGGACUGGUGGCCAGCCUUCCAUUUUAGCCGUUACUUGGCAAAAAGGAAUUGGCAGGAAAAUGAAAGCCUUUCAUAUGAAAAAGCUCUGGUGGCUGGAAUAUUGCUGGGAAAGGAUUGCAAGUACUUUAAAUAUGUAUCACACCAAGGCUGCAAAGCUCAGGUGAAGAGGUUUCGGAUACUGAAGAAAUUUGUGAACAAGCACAAUUCUGUCUACCUGAGAAUAUCUGGUCUUUCAGAUUCCUCUGUACAACCUUGAUUAGAAGGCAUCCUUAAGGUUCUUGCUGUACUUUUUCCUCUCUGUGAGACUGACUUCUGUAUUGGUGCUAUUCUAAAACUUCUAGGCAGACCCUAUCGACUCAGUACUACACUUUUUAAUGUAUUUCUGUAAAAAUGCUUUGGUUUGUAUUUAUUUUGUAAUAAAAUGAAUAUAAAUCAACUGAUAAGGUUGAGGAAUUUCUGUAAUAUUAGUCCCAUAUUUCUGUGUGCAAUCAAUGCUGUUUGCAUUUCCAAUACAUCUUGAAAAAUAUUUAGUAGUAUGAUGUGGAAUUUCUGUAUCAGUAGUAUUGUAGUGUUGAUCCUCGUUAUGUUUAGAUGUGUAGGUGGUGAUUUAAAUGACUGCUAGAAUGUAGUUCAAAAUCCAUUCAGUACUAGCAGUGGCAUUGAUAAUAGUUGUAGUGUCUUAACCUAGGACCAGUACCUGAUGCACUGUGAAAACGCAUUCUCAACCUGUUAUAUAGCUUGCUGCUUAUGACUGAUCAUUUCCUGAAAUAUAUGGGAAACGGAGAGGCAUGUGUCACAUUUCUUGCAUUGCAUAUUGAGAAGAAUUAUAGAUUGUGAAGAUCUACUGCAGCUUGUUCAAACAGAUGAUGCACUUCAACAUAUCCAAAGGCCGUUUUUCCACGUCAUACUUACAGGUUGUGUGUCCAGUUCAGGGAUUGUUUUCACAGCACUGGUAGCAGAGAGUGAAAGGUUGCUGUAGCUGCAUGGCUACAGAGGGAAGCUAGUGUUGUAGUGCUUUGAAAGAGCAAAGGCACAGAAGUAGUGAAAACUUCUCUACCUGGUGAAGAGACUUUCUAGAAUCUUCUUGCAGUCUUGCCUAUGAGUUGAAAUAUGCAGUGUUGCUGUGUUUGGAAAGCAAAUGUUAAUGUGUUGUCACAAACUAGCAUUCCAGUUUGCUUGAAAACAACAACAAAAUGGCUUCCAAAUACUACUUCUGUUUUAAUGACAAGUCUGUAGAACUGGUGGAUGAACUGCUUGAACUACCUCUGGGAAUGAAAUAAUGAUGUUUUUAAUAGCAUAGUAGUAUACGGAUAAGUACAGCUGUGCUUUUAAAAGCUGAGCGUUUGUCUGAGUUAAUACGGGUCUUGUGAAAUGUGCCUUAAGACACAUUAUCUUAAACAUUGAGCUACUUGCCAUAACUGUAUGUUUAAUAAAAAAAGCAGCAAUUACUUGUCAUUCCUGACCUGUGCACUG